AUGUACAGACACCAUUUCCACUUAUCCCGACUUAUGACACCCACAGAGGAAGAGCGUAUCUACGAGACGAUGUUUUGUCCACGGCCCACUCCCGACGAAGUGCUCGACUGGGUCAAGGAGCCUGCUAAAUUAAUUUUGACUCCCGGGAAAGACGGUCCUGCUAAACGAGAUCUUGACUACACUAAGCCCGAAAAACUUUACUGGGGCAUUGCAUCGAAUAUCACCGAAAACAUACCCUUCCUCGACCACCUCCGGACUUCGUACAACAACGCUUCUUAUGGUCACGUAUCACGCAUGAUGUUGCGGAAGGUCUGCAUAAACAUUGCCACUACGGGGUGA